AAGGUUUGCUGUUAGUAUAUACAUACACAUUUUUUUACGAAAACUAGCCAAUUUUCUCACCAUGGAGCAGAAAGGUGACGCUCUAAUGGCGGAUGGGGAGAAGGCCCUCAAAAAGCACUUUUUCUUCUUCAAAAGUGAUAAAACGGAUAGUGCACAUGAUAAAUUUAUUCAGGCAUCCACACAAUACAAAGCUGCGGGUGCUUUCUUGAAGGCGGCAACAGCGUUGAAACGUGCUGCCGAUAUUUCUGCAAAGAAUGGUGAUGAACGUGGAAUGGCAUUUGAGCUGGAGGAAUCAGCUAAGAUGUUCAUCAAAGCUAACGAAACGAAUUCUGCUGUAGAGCUAUAUAAAAGGGUGUUCGAGAUGCACGACAAAAAACAAAGUUUCAUAAACGCCGCUAAGGUGUGCACUGCCAUUGGCGAGAUUACAGGCGGUGACGAGGCGAUGAUGUGGCUUGAAAGGGCAGCAAAGUACUACCGGAGUCAGGGGUCAAAGGUUAUGUGUUCAGAAGUUCUACUAAAGAUGGCCGAUUCAAAGGCGCUGUUUGGUGACUACGAGGGUGCAAGACAUAUUUAUGAGGAACAAGCACUUGAGGCACUAGAUGAUCGCGCUUCCCGUUGCAACGCGCGUUAUCUAUUUUUCAAUGCCCUUCUUGCACAAAUAGCCUGUAUGAGCGAGUCCUCUUUGAUGGAUGACGUAGAGGUUUUGCAGGAGCAAUUUGAUAAGUUUCAAGAAUUAGAGACUCAAUUCAAUGCGUUAACUCGCCAGCAUAUGCUCAUAACGGAUAUCAUUAAGGCUAUACAAUCGGAAAACCUUGAUGCCUAUGAGGAUGCCAUUCGGGAGUACGACAAUAUCAGUCCACUUAAUGGCGUCCAGAAGAAGAUGCUGCUAAUGGGAAAGAAGGUGCUCAACUCACGUGUAAGUGAUCUGCGAUGAUUUUUAUUUUUUGUUAGAACUCAAAACACAUUAUAUCCUCGAGACUUUGACAGUUUAAGUGUAGUUUAUUUUUGCUACAGUCUCUCUGUCUUUACUUUAAUUCUUGUAGGGUUUCUGUGACGCUUAUAUCACGCAUAACGUUACCUAUACUUGGUUAGCUUCCCCGUCGCUUCUACAACAAUUUUAGUCAUGAUCUUGAAUGGGAUAGAUAAUAUUUCUGAAUGUGGACGUAGCGAUGUUGCUUCAUAUUUCAUUUUACCUCUAGAUUUACUACUGCGUAUGAUUAUUUUGAACCAAAGUGUGUUUUUUCCCCUUCUCUAACGAGAAUUAGUGAAA